CUCCUUCUCUUUCCUUGUGGGCUGUGUCCGAGAGGUGGGAAAUAGAGGGAUGCAGGGGGUGGGAGGAGGUAGCCACUGUGCUUGGGGGGGAUCCUGUUCUGCUUGGAGAGAAUGACCACAAUAUCCUUCUUAAAAUAGUCUUGUCCUAGGGGAAUACCAUAAAGAUGGGCAUCCCUACUAGCCCCCAAGGGGCCUUGCCACAUAGGCAGAGAGGUGGGCAUACAUAAACAUGUACAGCAGAAGGCACACAGGCCCUCAGCCAUGCCCAGCAAGCACAUGAGGUACACAGUUUGGAACUGAGAGGUGACCAGAGCUGGGUGGCAUUAAAUAGGGAAAGCUUCUUGGAAGUAGAGAGUUUGGAACAGGGCCUGAAAAGGGGAAGGCGUCCUUGGCCUCAUGGUUUUUUCAGAAGCUUACAUCUUGUUUCCCUGGGGCCCCCACUUGGUUCCUAGUGGACAGAGGAAGGACUGGGUUGGAAUCGUUUAUCUGCCCCCAGAUCCAUGGCUUGGGGUGGCUGGUAAUGGGCCUAUCUCCACGUUGGCCAAGAUGGCAGCAGAGAAUGUUGGGUUAUUAACAAAAGACCAGAGGCCUUCCCUUCCCAUCUGGCCCAAGUAGCUAUAGGCUUCAAAAGUGACUCUAGCACAGAUUUUUCCAGUUCAUGCUGGAGGUCGGAGACUUGGGGACAGUGGCAGGGACCAAGACAGGUGUUUCCAACUGGCACCAUUCCUCUAAGGCAGCUAAGGAGAACGAAGUCCUGGAAUGCCUGUGUGUGGGCCUUCUGGCCCCUUUGGAUAGACUGGGGAGAAGGAAGACCAGUACUUUGUCUGGUCUAAUCAAACAGGAAGGGGGGCUGUUGGGGCCCUAAUUCUAAUACCCUCUUCCAAGAUUGGGAGCCAGGUGCCCACACCCCCACCAUCAGCUGCAGCUAGGUCCCCAAGCCCUAGAGGGGCAGAAUAGGAUUCCAAGGCAGGGACAUUGUUACAUAUCCAGCCAUUCAGAGGUGGGGUGAUUGUUCCUCGGAACACAGAAGCCCAUGGCCUGAUGGGGUCAGAGCUCCCCUCCUCAUGCCCCGCCAAGCCUUCUUGUCCCAGGAGGAGAAGCAAGCAAGGGCUAGGGAGCGGGACCGUCUCAAAAAGCGUCGAAGACGGGAGGACAGCCUGAAAAGGAGUCUGGAGAGGCAGAGGAAUGCAGAGGCCAUGAAGCGCCGGCGGGAAGAUGAGAAGCAAAGGGAGAAGGAACGUAGGAAAGACCGAGAGGCCAAGAGGAGGCGCAGGGAGAAUGUGCAGGAAAGGGAGAAGGAGCAGAAGAAAGACCGUGAAGCCAAGAAGAGGCGGAGGAGGGAGAAGAAAGAAGAGAGGGAGAAAGCACUCUACCAAGAUAUGGCUGCCCUGACGCAGCUGUGGGAAAGGGGGGAGGAUGAGGAGGAGGAGGAAGAGGAAGGAGAGGAGGAGGAGGAGGAGGAGGAGAAAGUGGAGGAAAGGGAAGAAAGAGAAAGGAGAGAGAAAGAACAGACAUCUGUGUUCCUGGGAACGCCAGCUUCAUUGAUCUGGGGCACAGGGAGCAGCCAGGUACCCCAAAGCAAAUAUGCAGAACUCCUGGCUAUCAUCGAAGAACUAGGCAAAGAGAUCAGACCCACGUAUGCAGGGAGCAAAAGCGCCAUGGAGAGGCUAAAGCGAGCUUCGAAAACGGAAUUCAUCACUGGCCAUGGGCUGCAUGGAGCAGCCAUGGAAGGGAAGACCCGUUCUCCAUUAACCAGCAUCAUUCAUGCUCGAGGAUUGGUCCGGGAAUGCCUGGCAGAGACUGAGCGAAAUGCAAGAUCCUAGCCUCUCACUUCACUUCCAAAGUUUUCCAUUUCUUUGUGAAGAAGAAAGAAUUACACUUAUUCCUCUGGUGACUUUCAAAACAUUCAUAUGAAUCCCUUCUUUUGAAUGGUCUAAAAGUUUGGGUUCUUUCUCGUUUUCUUCCUCCCAUCCCCACCACAGUCUGUAAGAAUAGAAGAAAAGGCCAUUUUGCAGUUAAGAGUUGCAUUUUAAGUAGUUAGGAACAAGCUAGGUCACUUUUUUUUUUAAGCAUUGAGUCCAGAAAAUGCAUGUAGAAAGUUCUGCUUAUGUUACUGCCAACUGUAGUUCACUGCCCUGCUAACCUGCCCCGAUCUUUGAUUCGCUUCCUCUGAUUACACUUAAAGCCACCCAGGUUGUCAUUCUUUUGCACCUUUUCCAGAAUCUCCAAUAACUCUUAAGGAUUUUUUCAUGAGUCAAUGCCAGCUGCAUGUUCUCUUUGGCAGUUGGGUGUCUCCCAGUUAGGGUGAUGUGAUAUAGAGACCCUCUUUAAAAGAUAACAUGGGUUUUUUUGGUUUGUUUUUGGUGUGUGAGCAUUUGCAUGAUUGUUCGUGCUUUGGAGUCAAUUUAAAAUGCAUGAGUUUAUAAAUACAGAGGACUGAGCAGUCUACUAAAAAAUUAAGAACCCAGAUAGUUACUUCUCAGACAACGACUGUAGAUUUCAAGUCUUGAGUUUGCCAUAGAAUGAUUAAAAAAAAAUCUGGAUAAAUGACUAAAACUGUUACGUGCAUCUUUGUAUGUAUUUAUUACUUGAUGUAAUAAAGCUUAUUUUCAUUAACAAUU